CCGUCUUUCCCAUGUGUACCCCUCCUCUACUUCUCAUGCUCAGAUGAUGAGUGCCUCUCUUGGUAAAGACUGACGGACUGUGAGUCUUCUUCUGUUCAUCUUGAUCUCUCUCCCUUUCUUCUCUCUCCUCACAUCAAGAGGAGGCACUCGAGGUACCAACCAGGUGUAAAGGCGGUUGGUUAUUCAGCAGCAAACAUGACAAACCCCUGCAAUGUGGCUAUGGAGCUUCUGGGGAUGUUUAUUGGGAUAGGGGGCUGGUUCUGCUCCCUGGCAGCCACUAUCAUGCCUCAGUGGCAGUCUCACUCAACUGAGCUGAUGGCUUCUGAGAGCUACGAGCAAGGGCUAUGGGAGGCCUGUGUGGUACAGGAGGUCGCCGGCACAGAGUGUCGUUCAUACGACACAAUUCUAGGCCUGGGACACACCUUGACGCUGGCUCGGCUUCUGAUUUGUCUUUCAGAUGCUAUGUGUCUUCUCGGACUUCUCCUUGCCAUUCCGGCGAUGAGUCAGAUCAACUGCUGCAAGGGCGAGGAGGGACACCGGACCAAGAAAGGUUUGAGGAUCACAGCUGCUGUGUUUUUAUGCCUCGCUGGUUUGCUGGUGCUCACUCCGGUCUCUUACGUCGCCCACGACAUCGUUCUGAAGUUCUUCGAUGAGACGAUACCUCACGUAGUGCCACGGUCAGAGUUCGGGGAUGCGAUGUUCAUCGGAUGGGCUGCUGGAUUUCUUGACGUUGUUGCUUCAGUAUUGUUGUUUGCAUCUAGUUUUGGCUCAAGAGACUAUGAACAUCGUCUUGUGUAUCAUCAUCAAAGGCAAGAGAUCAUAAGUGUGGAUGGGUCUUCUAAGAAGCGCAUGGAGUAUGUUUGACUUUUAAAGGCUUUUUCUGUGGAAAACUUUAAUACUUAUGCUCAAUUUAUGCAUCGAUCAAAUUGAUGAAAAGGUAAAGCAUUAUAAUGAAUUUAUAUUUUGAUAUCUGAAUCAUCUAUUUGAUUCUCCUUGCUUUUCUUAUAGGUAAAAUACAAAACAUGUUAGUACA